AUGGAUAUUUAUAAAAGGCGAUUUGCUUGAAUUCGGCCAGUCGUAUUUAGACAGAUCGGAGAAGUCGAGGAUCGGAGUGUUAAUAGGAACGAUAUACGUUUUUUUUUCUCUUUAAGUUCGUUGAAUAAAGAGUAGGGCGAUGAAGGGAGUAUACGUGAUCACCAUCGCCUUCCUGGCACCCUGGGCUGUGAGUGCCUUAAACAUCCCCACGGUAUGCCCAUUCCCAGAAAGAUUCCCGGAGAACACCACGACCAAUCUUCCGCAUGAAACCGAUUGCACGAAAUUUUACAAGUGCUUUUUGGGUAGAGGAAUCAUACAAGAUUGUCCCCUGAUGACCAAAGGAGAUUCGUAUACGAGGCUGCACUAUAACAGACGUCUGCAGGUCUGCGAUUGGCCAUGGACAGCCGGUUGCGAAAGUUGCCCUGGAAAGGACCAUCAAGGCAGCUUGCCGCCGUAUCCGAGUUACAUAGGACACGAAAUCAACAAAUGUAAUCAGUUUUACCACUGCUCGGUGGAUGGUCGUGCGUCGGCGCAAUAUUGUACAGACUCCAGUACGUGCUUCAGCCGCACCUGCCAGAGAUGCGUCCGAAAUAGGGACGGUGGACGUUGCGAUGGUUCUUCAACCCCGUGGCCGAUUCCAAGAAAGUGCGAAAUCAACGAUAAAAAAUCUCACGAAUGUGACUGCGCCAAAUAUUAUCAAUGUAACAACAGUGAGGAUUGGAUUGUACAAUCGUGCACUGGUGGUCUACACUUCAGUCCCUCGUACAAAUACUGUAUGGAGGCAGACAAAGCUGGCUGCACACUACUACCAUGAUUCCUCUUUGAUAAAGACAGAUAUACGACGCAUCUCUCCUCCAUCCCGGAAAAUGUAAAAUAUACAAAUAGUCAAAUGAAAAAAAUUACGGAGACGAUUGUGCACAGAAUAGGUCAUCAAUUUCGAAAGAUAUUGAGCUGAAAGUAGUGACGAGUACAACAAAACAAAUCACUUUAAUGAAAUUAUUAUUAUUAUAUUGGUAAGAGUAGAUUAGUUUGUUAAGAUAUUUUAAUAAAUCUGAUAUAAAAAUUUU